AUGACAAAAAAAGUGCAUGUUUUUAUUGCUAAUGGUAGUGAAGAAAUUGAAGCAGUAACAAUAAUAGAUGGAUCAAAAGCAAUGGCAGCAAGUCCUGAAGUUGGACAAAUUCUAACAAAACAUUAUCAAGAUGGUAAAAUAGUCGCUGCUAUUUGUGCUGGACCACGAGUAUUAUUAACACAUAAAAUUCGUAUUGAUCAUAAACAUACUAUAACAUGUUAUCCAACUGUACGUAAAGAAUCUACUGAUGGUGAACCAUACAAAUUGGAUGCACCUGAUCAUGCCAUUUGUUAUAGCAAGCAUGGUUUUGAAGAAAAAGGAUCUGCUACAUCAAUGGUUUUUACAUUGAAACUUAUUGAACUUUUAAAAGGCAAAGAUGAAGCAACAAAAGUUAAAGAUGGAUUACUCAUUUGA